UGCGUGGAGAGCAGAGAAAGAGGGAGAUGGAGAAGGGAAGCUCGGAGAGGGAAGGGAGACGGUGUUUGCGCGGAGAGCUGACGACGGAAAUCGAGGGAAGGGAGACGGGGUGGGUUGGGUUGGGUUGCCGGCGGGGCUCCGGCCAUACGGGUAGAAGCUGGUCGGGAGAGCCGGAAGUGACUCUGUAGAGGCGCUGAGAACAGAGAGUCAGAGAAGGCAAGCUACGGGGGCACUUUGGCCAGUUCCGCAAAAAAACUGACAGGUUCUAUAGCUCUAACGACUAGUUGGAGUAACGGAAGAAAUUUCAAGCAGUGGGCGCCGGAACUUUUUUAGUGGCUCAUGUGGAAUCGUGAAUUUUUUUUAAUGACACGUAAGGAAUUGCCCCGUCAUCUCCGGUGUGGAGCGGGGGGAAGGAAAUUGCAAGCACAGAAAAACCAAAAGGCAGAACAGAAGGCCAAACGCAGAGGAGAGGGCACUAGAGCGCUGAAGCUUCUCGAGAGUCGAAACCCUAGACCGCGCGCCCCCUCGCCAUCCGGCCUUACACGCCCGAUCCGAUACAAGAUGCAUAAGCUGGGGAGAGGAAGCCGCGACAAGGUGCAGCAGUUCAUGGUCAUAACUGGCGCAAGUGAGAAGGUCGCGCUUCAGGCUCUUAAAACUAGUGACUGGCACUUGGAAGGAGCUUUUGAUGUUUUCUACAGCCAACCACAAGUUGCUGUUGCAAAUACUCGACAUCUGGAAGAGCUGUACAACAGAUAUAAAGACCCGGAUGCUGAUAUGAUAAUGGUGGAAGGCAUAUCACAGUUGUGCAACGAUUUGCAGGUGGAUCCUCAAGAUAUUGUUAUGCUUGUCAUUUCGUGGCAUAUGAAAGCUUCUACAAUGUGUGAAUUCACUCGCCAGGAGUUCGUUGGUGGACUGCAGUCAAUUGGAGUGGAUUCAAUAGAGAAGCUUCGUGAUAAGUUACCUUCACUACGAGCUGAGCUUAAAGAUGAUCAGAAGUUUCGUGAAAUAUACAAUUUUGCAUUUGCCUGGGCAAGGGAAAAGGGUCAGAAAUCUCUCGCAUUGGAGACUGCUAUUGGCAUGUGGCGGCUGCUGUUUGCUGACAGGAACUGGCCUCUCAUCGACCACUGGUGCCAGUUUCUACAGGUAAGGCACAAUAAAGCUAUCUCCAGGGAUACAUGGGCGCAGUUAUUGGAAUUUGUGAAGACAGUUGAUCCCCAACUAACCAACUAUGAUGAAGAAGGUGCUUGGCCCUACCUAAUCGACGAGUUUGUGGACUACUUGAAGGAGAAUGGUGUUGUCCAGCAUAGACAGUGAACGGAACCGGACGGGUCGUUUUGGAUAUGGUUGGGCUGCAGGGGCAGAAUUCAUCACCCACCAUCGUUGACUCAUUGUACAACAUAAUGGUUGGAUGUUUGUAUUCAUUGCACUAUUGGCCGCUAAACCAGUCUGCGCCUCUGGAACCAAACUUGUAUUGGCAUGGAUGUGCUUGCAAAGUGACGAGUGUUAAACGAAGCCCAGAAUGGUCACUGUCAUAA